AUGAAGUAUGUCAGAAGAAGCAGGAGUGAACUUCUUAUACUAUGUCUCUAUGUCGAUGGCCUGUUGAUAACUAGUAGUUGUAAGAAGGAGAUCGAAGACUUUAAAGGUGGUCUGAGAAAGGAGGUCGAAAUGUUUGACUUGGGCAACAUUUCAUACUUCCUUGGUAUCGAAUUCUACAAGAGUAGUAGAGGCCUGAUGAUGCAUCAAAAAAUAUAUGCAAGUGAGAUACUCAAAAGAUUUGAGAUGAAAGAUUGCAAUGCAACUUCGACACUUGAUGAACCAAGACUGCAAUUGUCAAAGGACUCAGAUGAAGAUGAUGUCGAUCCAACUCAAUAUAGAAUACUCAUUGGAUCAUUAAGAUACCUUUGUCAUACAAGGCUUGGUAUAUCAUACUAUGUAAGUAUUGUGAGUAGAUUUAUGCAGAGGCCAAAGGUAUCAUACCUUGUAGCCACAAAGAGGAUACUAAGCUAUCUCAAAGGAACUCUUGAUUAUGGAAUUUUGUUUCCUACAACUGGGUAUGUGUUUAUGUUAGGUGGUACACCAGUUUCUAGGAGUUCAAGAAAGGAACCAGUAGUAGAGUUGUCGUCAUGUGAGGCUGAGUACAUAGCUACAUGCCUUUGUGCAUGUCAAGCAACAUGGAUGGUGAACCUGAUCAAGGAGAUUUCAGGAGAAGACCAUGGAACAAUAACCAUGAAGAUGGACAACAUGUAUUCAAUCAAAAUGGUGAAGAAUCUGAUAUCAUAUGGAAGAAGCAAACAUAUUUAA